ACAGGACCUAUUUCGGGCCCCGCAGUCACGUUUUACCAACGUCGCGACGCGCUGCUGUCAACGUAAUCGAAGAGGAGAACAAAAGGAACUGAGAGGAAGAGGAAGAAAAAAGAGAAAGGAUCUCUUCGGGAAUUUUCUGAAACAGCAGCUCACAAAAUUUUGAAACUUUUCGAGACUCUUUUCAGAAUAUCAAAGAUGGAAAACCGCGUGGUUUUUCGCCAUUUUUUGCCGUUUUUAACCCUGCUGACCUUGAGCUGGGCGCAAUUCCGGUGUCCGGAGCCCAAGGGUUUCUUCCCCGACCUGGAACAGUGCGAUCUUUAUUACGCCUGCGUGGACAAUCAACCCGAGGAGAGACUUUGCAAAGACGGGCUCGUCUUCAGGGAUGAUAAUCCGAAGAAAGAAUUGUGCGAUAUUCCGGCAAAUGUGCCUUGCGGCGAUCGCACACUUUUACAGGAGCCACAACCCAGUAAAGACUGUCCGCGUGCAAACGGCAUCUUCGGCCACGAGGAUCCGACCGCGUGCGACCGCUUCGUCAAUUGCAUCGACGGAGUAGCCCAGAUAGUGCCCUGCCCGACCGGUCUAAUCUACGAACCUAAAAUGUCCAGCUGCGUCUGGCCGGUGGACGCCACACGCCUGUGCGAGAACGCGAAACGCGACGUCCUGGACGACGGAUUUGUCUGUCCGGAUGGCGACGUCGCUGGACCGUCCGGCAGGAUUUUACCGCAUCCCACAUAUCCGCAUCCCGAGGACUGCGCCAAAUUCUACAUCUGCAAAAACGGCGUGGUGCCGCAGAAGGGCCAGUGCGAGCCCGGCACUGUGUACAACGAGGAGAUCUUCAGGUGCACCGAACCGGAAAGCGUACAGGGAUGCGAGGACUAUUACAAGCGAAAGAAUUGAACAAGAGACGCCGAAGGCGCCACAACAGACUGCAACUACAUGUGUAACGCUCAUCUUUUUAAUUAAACGGACAAUAAAUGCGUGUGAUAUGCACGCUUAUGUAAAAGCUGCCACGUGGUCUCCGCGAGAACGACCGUGCUUUCGUCCUCUCUCUCUCUCUCUCUCUCUCUCUCUCUCUCUCUCUCUCUCUCUUUUUGUCCGCGACAUAUAUACUACCCCCUUUCUCCUUUUACGUAAACAAAUUUGCGUUUGAAAAAUCCACUAUAUAUAAGUUGUAAUCGUAGGUCGCUAACCCGCGAAAAGAAAACAUCGACGAUAUCGUAACUUCUGUUAGAUAAACUCCUCCGCUUUUGAACCGGUCCAAUUUUAUGUAAUUAACUAUUAUAUGCUCGCGAGGUGGAAUUUUAUUGUAAAAACGCGUACACAUUAACUUGCAAUUCCGCGAUAAAUAAAUCAAGAAACGAGAUUAUUUAUUAUAUUUCAAUCAGAAUAUAUAUUUUAAAUCCUGCUCACUGCUUUCAUCCUGCAUGUGCGAUGCUUUAUCUAUAACAUCUUCCAUUAUUAAUUAUUAAAAAAAUAUUAUAUAUAUAUAUAUAUAUAUAUUAUUAUUAUUCUGAGAAUUGUUAAAGUAAAAAAGGAGCAAAAGAAAAUAUUUUAUUCAAAUUCAAUUAAUUCAAAAAUUUGAAAGCUGAUUAAACAUCGCGUUAAGCUUUUCAUAAUAAAAUACAUCUUAUAUACUAUUGUACGUUAUCGUGUUAUUUAAAUCAUUAAUAUUUAUCGCGUGUUACGACGUGACUUUCUCUGACGCGAGAGAUUGGACAUCAAAAAUCUCCACACCCUACGAUGUUCCAGAAUGCAUCGCGAAAUGCGUUCGCGAAAUCGCAUCUCUUUGAAUACACUUCGACCGGAUUUCACUUCGGUGAAUCAAAAGUUAUCGUAAGAAUCAAUUAACCCAUUCUUUAUAAAAUUGCCUUCCAUUUCAAGUUAUAUGACAUCUCAUAUAUAUGUAUAUAUUGUCUUUUAUAGCUGCUGUUUGAUACAAUAUACUUUCCUAAUUUUUGUCACAUUUUAUGCGCCUUUAAAUGCCGUAAUACAGGACAAGUUGCAUUGUUUCGUGAUUCGGCGAGAGAUUCACGGUACAUAAUAAAAUAACAUGCUACAGUUUUCCUAGCUAGCAAACGUACAAUUUCUCCUCUCUUCUUAUCCGCGUGAUAGCAACCUUUCUCUUUACGUAAUGCGCGAUGCGCUCGACGAGUUACACCUCAACUAUUAAUUUGUAUUUAGUCCGUGGAGCAAUAAACUCGGUUGAAAUAAAUAAAUUUGAAAUAAA